UUAUUAUUGACAGACACUUUCCUAUUACUUUAACAAACGAUUGCUUAGUAGGAAUUUGGUCGCCGCGAAAAUUUAUCAGCUCACAGUUAUUUUAAAGUACUCACUGUUUCCUCUUGUUAGUGUACACCUUUGAGGUGUACCCUGAUGUCCCAGCCACAGCCUGGCUGAGCCUAACAAACGAAUUCAAUGAUAUCUGCUUAAUCUUCCUCUUUCUCCAGCUGACGGCUUCCUGUAAUGUCGGUUUGGGGAAUCCUUUAUUGACGCUGUGUCUAGACUAAAGAGAUACGGUUCUUAUUAUUUCCUCAUCCGUAGGCAUCGCAAAGAAUACAUUUUAUUUGUGAUCAGGAACCAUGGGUAACUGUUUUAGUUGCCCCGAUGAUUCAAAUGGGCCCAUUGGCGAUCUGAGUGGUGGUUCACGAACCCCACAAGAUCCCAAUGGUACCCUGCCUGAUUCCCCCGGGAGCGUAUUACCCAUUACCAGCCCACCGCUGACCAUGGGCAAUGUUACACCUUGUACUCCUACAGCCACUCAACCAGAUACGCCUGUAGAAGUUUUCGGGGGUUCUCAGAUGAAAAUAUUUGUUGCCUUGUAUGACUACGAUGCUCGAACAGAUGAAGAUUUGAGUUUCAAAAAAGGAGAACAUUUGGAAAUAGUGAACGACACGCAGGGUGACUGGUGGUAUGCCAGGUCUCGGACUACUAAGCAUGAAGGAUAUAUACCAUCAAAUUAUGUUGCAAAGCUCAAAAGUUUAGAAUCAGAGCCGUGGUACUUUGGGAAAAUACGCCGUGUUGAAGCAGAGAAGAAAUUGCUACUACCUGAAAAUGAACAUGGGUCAUUUUUAAUAAGAGACAGUGAGAGUAGAAAGAAUGACUAUUCUUUGUCAGUUCGUGAUGGAGACACAGUCAAGCAUUAUAGAAUUCGGCAACUUGAUGAAGGAGGUUUCUUCAUUGCACGAAGAGUCACAUUUCGUACACUGUCAGAAUUGGUGGAUCACUACAGCCGGGAUGCUGAUGGCUUGUGUGUUAAUCUCAGAAAGCCUUGUACACAAAUUGAGAAACCUGUCACAAUGGGUCUUUCCCAUAAUACUACAGACCAAUGGGAAAUUGCUAAGCAUUCUCUAAAACUUAUCAAAAAAAUUGGUCAUGGUCAGUUUGGCGAAGUAUGGGAAGGUUUGUGGAACAACACAACUUCAGUAGCUAUCAAAACAUUAAAACCUGGGACAAUGGAUCCCAAAGACUUCUUACAAGAAGCUCAAAUAAUGAAGAAACUUCGACACAGCAAAUUAAUCCAAUUGUAUGCUGUGUGUACCCAGGAUGAACCAAUCUACAUUGUAACUGAACUUAUGAGAAAUGGUAGUUUACUGGACUACUUACAAGUUGUAGGAAAGGGUCGUACACUGAAGUUGCCGCAACUCAUUGACAUAGCUGCUCAAAUUGCUAGCGGCAUGUCUUACUUGGAAUCCCAAAAUUACAUCCAUAGGGAUCUGGCUGCCAGAAAUAUUCUUGUCGGCGAUAACAACACAGUAAAGAUUGCUGAUUUUGGUCUUGCUAGAGUAAUAAAGGAGGAUGAAUAUGAAGCUCGUGUUGGAGCAAGAUUCCCCAUCAAAUGGACUGCCCCAGAAGCAGCAAAUUUCAACCGGUUUACCAUCAAAUCCGAUGUAUGGUCAUUUGGCAUUUUACUUACAGAAAUUGUCACCUAUGGGCGUGUUCCUUAUCCAGGUAUGACCAAUGCUGAAGUCCUGCACCAAGUAGAACAUGGUUACCGCAUGCCAUGUCCACCUUGCUGUCCUAAAGCCCUCUACGAUAUUAUGUUGGAAUGUUGGCGUAAAGAGGAAAUGGAACGUCCGACAUUUGAAACCUUGCAAUGGAAGCUUGAAGAAUUCUUUACCAUGGAGGGUACUGAUUAUAAAGAAGCCGCAGUGGUGCGAUAAAAAUAAACAAUACUGGCGAACCUGUCUGAAUUUAUAAAACUGUUUAAUAUAUAUAUAUAUAUAUAUAUAUAUAUAUAUA